CGUCCCCACCUUCCACGGCCAUGGCCACCCGUCGCUUCGCCUCCGCGCCCACGCAUCCCCACCUCCUCUCGCUAGUCACUGCCCUUCGGCUCUUCACAGUUCACACGCUGCUCAAAUAGCGAGACGGCGGAACUACCCGAAACUGAAAUCGAGGAGGCGAGAAGAAGAGGAGGGAGAGAGAGAGGCGUGUGGCGUGUGGCGUGUGGAGGGAGGGAAAGCGUCGGGGGCCGUGGGCAUGGCGGUGGAGUACCGCUGCUGCGGGGCACCGUUCUUCGAGCACAUCGCCGUCAUCGUCGUGCUGGUGCUCUUCGCGGGGCUCAUGUCCGGGCUCACCCUCGGCCUCAUGUCCCUCAGCCUCGUCGACCUCGAGGUCCUCGCCAAGUCCGGCACCGAUCAGGACCGCAAGCACGCAGCUAAGAUAUUGCCUGUUGUGAAAAACCAGCACCUUCUGUUAUGCACUCUCCUGAUCUGCAAUGCUGCAGCCAUGGAGGCUUUGCCCAUAUUUCUUGAUAGCUUGGUAACAGCUUGGGGUGCAGUUUUGAUCUCUGUGACAUUGAUUCUGCUAUUUGGUGAGAUCAUACCACAAUCCAUCUGCUCACGUUAUGGGCUGGCUAUUGGUGCUGCAGUUGCUCCAUUAGUCCGCGUGCUUGUUUGGAUUUGCUUUCCUGUUGCAUAUCCGAUAAGUAAGCUACUGGAUUAUAUGCUUGGUCAUGGCAAAGCUGCUCUUUUCCGUAGAGCUGAGCUAAAAACAUUAGUGACACUGCAUGGAAAUGAGGCUGGCAAAGGUGGAGAGUUAACCCACGAUGAAACUACUAUAAUAGCUGGAGCUCUUGAACUCAGUGAAAAGAAAGCUAAAGAUGCAAUGACACCACUUGAUCAAACAUUUGCGAUUGAUAUAAAUGCAAAGCUUGACAGGAAACUAAUGCAAGAGGUCCUUGAGAAAGGUCAUAGCAGGGUGCCAGUUUAUUAUGAUAAGGACACAAACAUUAUUGGAUUGAUAUUGGUGAAGAAUUUAUUAUCUAUCAACCCUGAUGAUGAAAUUCCUAUAAAGAGCGUAACUAUCCGCAAAAUUCCUCGUGUUUCAGAAGACAUGCCCCUGUAUGACAUCCUAAAUGAAUUCCAGAAGGGCCACAGCCACAUGGCAGUUGUCAUCAGGCAAACCAUUCCAAAUUACUCGGCUAAACAACUCAACAAUAAUGGUGGAACUCUCGAGGUCUCGGUUGCUAUUGAUGAUAAGCCUAGUGAAAAAAGUGUGAAGAAUGUUACUCCACUGCGUAGAUGGAAAAGCUACCCCAACACCCAGAACUCUAAUACAGGUAGCAGGAGUAGAAAAUGGUCCAAAGAUCAAUCAGAUGUUCUUCAAGUACAUGAAGAGCCAUUACCCACACUGAAUGACGAUGAAGAAGCUGUCGGUAUCAUAACAAUGGAGGAUGUCAUUGAGGAGCUGCUACAGGAGGAGAUAUACGACGAGACAGAUGUUCACGUCGAGGAAGAACAAUAACACAUAGCUACAGCCUACAGUUUACGCCACUUCCCAUUUUGACCGGAAAAGUUGCGUGUCAUGCCCAGUUUUGUGCCGAGGAGAGAGAAGUGCAGUAUAUGUAACAGCAUAAUGUUGUACUCCGUGCGGAUAGACAACAUACUGAAAAUUGGUGCAUUCUAAUUAGGGGCUCCUUUGAACUGCUGAUACGAAUGUUCAGUAAAAUUGAUAAGAGAGUGUUGGAUUAUGAUCGGUCGAUCGGCCUUGAA